UUGGCUAUUUUUCUCAAUCAUGGAUGAUUUCUAUCAUAUGAGAUGUUACAAAUGCGAUCAAACAAUUAACGUUAAUGAGAUAAUUGAUUCGAAACUCACUACCUUAGAUGAAACUCAUUACACAGAAUCAAACAAAUAUCCACUGCCAGUUGAAGUGUUCACCCGACUCAAUGAUAUAUUAAAAGGGUAUGUAGAGAUAAAUUAUCCUUUGUGCCAUGAAUGUACUGACACUCUUUAUGAACAACUUACAUAUGAGUUGAGUGAUAUUGAAAAGGAAAUACAAUUAUAUAAUAGUGUUAUUAAAGUAAUUGAUGAACAUGAAAACCCACAUAUUGAGAUAGAUGAUAAAAAACUAAAGAUAGAAGAAGAAGAUGAAUCUGUCUUGAAUAAAACUAAAUUAGAGGAAGAAGAACUUAAUAAAAAAUUGGAAUUAUUAAAAAUUGAAUGCCAGAAACUUGAUAAUGAUUACAAAAAAGCUAUAGAAGAGAGUGAAAAAUUGACCCUUAUGGAGAAACAGUUGAAUGAAGAAUACAAUCAAGCCAAAUAUCAAACAAAUGCAGAAGAAACUGAAAUGAGAAGCCUUCAAUAUCAACUUGAUUACUUGGAAGGUGAAAUUGAAAAAUGGUCAAAAAUUGAUCCUAUAACCUCUGUUUUUAAUAUAAAGUUUGAAAAUCACUUUGGCAUUAUUAAUGGAUAUCGAUUGGGGAAAAUUUCAGGCAUGCAAAAUUGCAAUGUUCCAUGGAACGAAAUAAAUGCCGCUUGGGGUCAAACGUUGCUCCUAUUGAAUUCUUUAUCCAAUAAAUUGGGAUUUAAAUUCAAAAAAUACGAAUUAGUGCCGUUAAGUAUCCAUUCAUCCAUUCGCGUAUACGAAGAUUUCAGUGCCUCUCACCUAGAUAAAACGCAAAGGGCAAUAAACAGUAGGUUACUACCCUUGUAUUAUACUGGAGGGUUUAAAUUUUUUUGGGACACCAAAUUUGAUCAAGCUAUGCUAGCUUUUUUGGAAUGCGUUUCACAGAUGUCCGAAGAACUUGAAAGGAGGGAUGAUCAAUUUAAACUACCUUACAAAAUUGACAAAGGACGUCUUUUAGAACCUGCCACUUCCAUUUUUUAUUCUAUCAAAGCUCAAUUUAAUUCGGAAGAAAAUUGGACGAAAGCAUUAAAAUAUACCCUGACCAAUAUGCAAUGGCUGCAAACUUGCAUAAUAUCAUCAUAUUAAUUAAUUGUGUUUUUUUUAUAAACCAAUCAAAUUACCUCGAAUUAAUUUUAAUAAUUUUUAUUGUUGUAUAUUAGUCUCUUGCGUA